AUGGGAGAUUGGUCGAAACUUCAACACGACUUGCUGGAACUCAUAGCCCAGCAGCACCUCACCAAACUUGAAGAUUACGUUGCUUUUGGUGCAGUUUGCACUUCAUGGCGAGCUGCCGCGGCCAAAAGGAAGAAUUUCAAGGGGCUGAAACUGUGGCAGCAAAUUCCCUGUCUCAUGCUUGCAGAAUCGGAAGACGAGAACGACAACCACCGCGAGUUCUACAGUUUGAUCGAGAAAGAAAUCGUGGCCAAGAUCAGCUUACCAAAACUCAAGGGUAAAAAGUGUUACGAAUCGCUAGGAUGGUUGUUAGCUGUAGGACAAGAAGGGGAUAUGACCCUUCUGAAUCCCUUUUCAGACGUCGAAAUUCCUUUGCCUCCUGGUACCACCUUCCCAGAUGAUGACUGGCUGAAUACUGACCCUGAAAUAUUCGUGGAAAUUUUUGUGUUGUCCGCGAGGCCUAGUGAAACCUCAGACUUCGUGGUAAUGCUGGUAUGUGGAUCCGUUGGAUACUUGGCAUUCUGGCGGCAAGGUGACCAAAAUUGGACCAAGAUUGAGACCCAUAACGCUGCAUAUUCUGCUGUCAACUAUCACAAUGGCCAGUUCUAUGCAAUUGAUUGUACUGGCAAUCUUGUGGCUUGUGAUGUAUCGGGGCCUAAUCCCACCAAGGCUCGGAUGAUAACUCAAUUGGUUCGUUACUCGGAAGAGUCCUACAGAGACCAGCAUUUAAGAGAUUACCACUCAAACCUUAUAGUGGACUUCAAGCACUUGUACCUAGUUCUUGAGUCUUCAUCUUCAGACAAGGAAUCCCUGCUGGUAGUAACACGAGAUAAUUACUCGCAUUAUGCUGAUGAUGACGACCAGCCAAACUAUGGUACAACUGAAUUUAAGUUGUACGAGGUAGAUUUAUCAGGAGGGACGUGGAAGGAGAUACAUAGUUUGGGAAAUAAAGCCGUUUUUGUUGGUCACAGCGCUUCUACUUCCCUGCAGGUCUCAUCCAACAAGUUUUCACUCCCUGGAAUCCAACCCAAUCAUAUCUAUUUUACUGAUGAUUGCUGGGACGCAUAUAAGAGUAUUCAAGAAGUCACCGGUGGCAAGGAUAUGGGUGUCUACAACUUGGAAACUGGAACCAUUCAGCCCUUCUACCAGGGCCCUCGUAGGCUUAGCAAUAUUUCCCCAUCCAUUUGGAUCACCCCAAAAUUUUAA